GAUGAUUUGUUAUUAUUUCUCUUUUGUUCGAUCGUUCUUCUCCUGAUGAAAAUAUAUACAGCAAAAACCAUUAUUAAUGGUUUGGCGUGAUGAAUAACCACAACAGCUUCAAUCAUCAUGUAAAAAGUCGAUCAGAGGUUUCCAAUAUAUCCAUUAGUGAUGAUGAUGCUCCAAUAAAUAAGAAACUCCCAAAAGAACUGUUAUUAAGAAUAUUUUCAUUUUUAGAUGUUGUUUCAUUAUGCAGAUGUGCCAAAGUAUCAAAGUUUUGGAAUUUGUUAGCAUUAGAUGGAAGUAAUUGGCAAAGAGUUGACUUAUUUGAAUUUCAGCGUGAUAUAGUUGGACCUGUUGUAGAAAAUAUAUCCAAGAGGUGUGGAGGAUUUUUAAAAUCUCUUAGUUUACGUGGCUGUCAGAGUAUAACAGAUAAUGCUUUGAAAAUAUUUGCACAACAAUGUAGAAACAUUGAAGAAUUAAAUUUGAACAAUUGUAAAGAAAUAACAGAUGUUACUUGUGAACACUUAGGGAAGCAUAGUCAUAAGUUAAGUUGGUUAGAUAUCAGUUCAUGUCAACAGAUUACUGAUAAAUCCCUGAAAGCCUUAAGUGAUGGGUGCCGUACUCUGCAGUUUAUAAAUAUAUCUUGGUGUACCAGAAUAUCCAAUGAUGGGUUAGAGGCUUUGAGCAAAGGUUGUCAUAACUUACAUACAUAUAUAGGCAAAGGUUUAACACAGGUCACAGAUGAAGGUGUUGGUUAUAUAGCUAAAAAUUGUGAAAAACUGAAGAAGAUCAACCUUCAUAGUUGCACAAAUAUAACAGAUGAUGCAGUACAGGAGAUUGGAGACCAUUGUCAUCAGAUAUUAUUCUUAUGUCUCUCAAAUUGUACACGUCUGACUGAUGCUUCACUAGUCUCUUUAGGUCAAGGAUGUCAUAAUCUCACUACAUUAGAAGUUGCUGACUGUUCACAUUUCACAGAUAAUGGAUUCCAAGCCUUAGCAAGGAAUUGCAGCAAUUUGGAAAAAAUGGAUCUGGAGGAAUGUAUACAGAUAACAGACACAACACUGAAUUACUUAGCAAUGUUUUGUCCUAAGCUUAGUGCAUUGAGUUUAUCACACUGUGAGUUGCUUACAGAUGAAGGUAUUAGACAUAUAGGUGCGAGUGCCUGUGCUACUGAACAUUUAAAAAUUUUAGAACUAGACAAUUGUCCUCUAAUAACUGAUGCUUCUUUGGAACAUUUAAUGGGAUGUCAAAGUCUAGAAAGAAUAGAACUUUAUGAUUGUCAGUUAAUUACUAGAGCUGGUAUCAGGAGAUUAAGGACAAGAUUACCAAAUAUCAAAGUCCAUGCAUAUUUCGCACCAGUGACACCACCACCAUCAGUUGGAAAUGGACGUCAACGUUAUUGCAAGUGCUGUACAAUUCUUUGAUCUUAUGACAAUGUAUUGUAAUAUGUCUAUUUCAAGUAUUGUCAUAUUCAUGUUGCUUAUGUUAUAGUUAACAUUACAGAAAGAUCUGUUUUGAUAUACACUGUUUUGUUCAUUACAGAUACAUAUGUAUUGUCAGGAAUUCUUUUUAUUGAUAUUCAAAAAAAUGUUUUGAAAGUGCUUCUUGACAUGUCCUCGUUUUAUAAAAGAAAACCUAUUUAAUUGAAUUUACAUAUUUUAAGUGUUUAACUGGCAUAUUUAGGUAUUGUCUGGUUGUGGAGUAAUUAGAUGGUAUGACCAGGACAUCUGGACAAUACUGUUUACCUAUAGCUAGUGUCAGAUUUUAUUGGCCAUUGAUAAGGUCAAUUUCUGGAUGUAUACAUUUUUGACAGCACAAAAUUAUGAUACUCAACACAUGAUAACUAGAGGAUUUUUAAACGAAAUUAUCAAAUCGUUUUUUUUUUAAUUUUCUGGCUGUUUAAGAAUAAAUCAGUUUUUACAAAAUUAAUCUACACACUAUUUAUGGAAUUGAAAUGAGUUUCUUGGUAAUUAUUGGACAACAAACAGCUACAUGUAUGCAAAAAAUAAUAAAUGUUUUCAUCCAUUGGUAUCAGAAAUAAUGAUGUAGUACUUUGUAUGUGUAUAAUGGUAUCUUUUUGCAAAAAGUUUUCAGGUAGGGGUAUUAUUUAAAAUAUCAUUUAAAUUAUUAUAUAAAAAAGUUUUGAAACAAUCUUACUUAAGACAAUGCCUAUGACGUUGUUCAAAUUAUUUUGGGGUGAAAAAACAAAAUGAAAACCAUGGUUCUGAAAAUCCUCGUAGACUAUGAUUUGGUCUUUUCAAUCCUCUAAAUCUUCUUACAUGUUACUGUAACCUUUUCUUUAUAUUUAGAUCUUUCUUUUGGAUUUUGGCUAACCCAUUGCUUUAAUUGUAUGUAGAUAUUUUACAUUUACUAUAAAAUCUAAUGUUCACUUAUGUGCAAUGAAAUGUGUUCACAUAAAAGGCCAGCGUAACCAUUUCCACAAUGAAAUUUAUACAAGCAAUUUUUUUUAAAUUUUUUGGGUGUUUUAACAUGUUUCUUGAGUUUUAAAUUUCAUGUUUUCAUAUUUAUAUGAGAAAAUUUUUAUUACAUAUUAACUUUAAAUUCAUGAAAUUUAAAUUUUUGUGGACAAACAGUAAAAUGAAAAUGGUGAAAAUAAAACUGCAAUAAAUAUGUUUGCAUUUACAGUAUACAUGAUCUAAGUGUCUAGUACAGAGAAUCAUAAUUGAUAUAGAUAGUUAUUCUGUAUGCCAUAUUUCAGCAACAAAAAUUACCAUGGUGCUCAGAAAAUUCAGUGUAGUUUCCAGAUAACCAAAGUUUAAGUCUGUCUCUACAUAGCACAAUUUGUGUUCGGCAUAUGCUUUUAAUGGAACCCCUUUUAACUUUAACUUUAGAUAUUAAAUCCUGCUUUUAGUUAGAAUCAGAAUACUAAACAUGGCAAAGCUUUUACUAUUGUAAAUAUUGUGCAUUAGUAACAUUCCUAGAGCAUUACUUGUUUGAUAAGGUAUUAUUGAUACAAGGGUUACAGUUGUUUCUUAUGAUCAUGCAUGGUUACCAAUAAGAUAUGUUAAAGAAUGAAAUGGUUUAUCAAAUUAAAAUUGUCUUAAAACGUUUCUGUAAAAUACUAUUCACUGUCAAAAAAUAUUAAUUGUGAAAGAGAAUUUUAGUAUCAUUGGUUAAGAGUGGAAAUAAGAACACUGAAAUUUCCAGGGAAGAAUUAUUACAUUAUUCAAGGAAUGACUGUAACAUUUUUACUGUCUAUGAAGAAAUAACAUCAAAAAUGUGAUGCACACUGAAAAACCCAAUAGAUAGAAAAAAUAUUACAGUCAUUCCUUAUAAUUUAGUUCUUAAUUCCAUUUUUAAGGAGUAAGUCAUGAAAAAAACAUUGAUGAUGUCACAGUCACAUAACAAAAUUAUGUCUAUGAGCUGAUAGACAAAAAACUUUCAGCCAAUCAGAAGACUUGUUUCAUCCAAAAUUAAAUUAUUCCAAUAUGGUUUAAAAUUUAACACAAAAACAUUCUUCAAAUGCACAUCUAAUUGUUAUGCAAAGGAUACCUGUUACCUAAGGCAUAAUGGUAUUUUGUGCUACAUUACUUUGAUACUUGUCAGCAACCCCCCUUUCCCCCAUAUUCAGUGUCUGAUAAGCAAGUAUUGUGCUCCAGUAGAAUGUGUACAUAUCAUACAUAAGAGUAAAAUAUAUUAGGACAUGAAUAUGUUAAGGGAUUAUAGAUUGAUUUUGGAUUGACAUAUAUGUUGUAGGACAAGUAGAAAGUAAAUAGUGUUCCUCUCCCACAGUCCUUUAUAGUAUUAUUUCUUGUGUUUUGUAUCUGGUGGACAUCCUGGAUAUCAGCUCUGGUAAAUGAAUUUUAGUCUUAAACAGCUAUUUUGAUCUUAACAGCAUCUGAAAAGUCUGAACCUAAGUGGUUAAAUCUUAUUAAGAGUUUAAGUAAAUUUAGAUCUUUUCUUAUUGUAAGUAAGUACAUGUCAGACAUUUCACUUUCAGUCAAUCAAGUACGGUUCAGUAGCUUUUCAGACAAUUAAGUAUGAUGUUGUUUUGAACAGGUGAAUAAAAGCUACUAAACAAACUGAAAAUAGACUGAACUAAUUUUAAUUGACUGCAAGCGAAGUAUCUCAACAGUACUAAAUUAACUGCAGUGGAUAGGUUUGAAAAUUGACUGAAAGAUUGUACAUGGCUAACUUAUUUUAUUGUUCAGUCUUUAAAGACCUGUUCAGAUCAAAAUUGAUUUACUAGUGUAGAUGAAUAACACUUCUAGUGAUGUGAUAGCAAGUAAUUGUCAAACAUUCAGAACAGAAUGAUUUUCUUGCACACCUGUUCUAGUUAUUAUUCACAAGAUUAUACAAUCUUAACAUGAGUAUGUAAGAUUUGUUUUUGAAAGUGUAAUGUGAAAGUAAGUAAGCUGUAGUCUUAAUAUUGCUGAUGCAUUUACAUAACCUGUACAAAACUUAUGUUUUAUUUAUCACAUGAUCCGAGAGUGGAUGUGUAUAUGUUCAGAUGAGUUUGUUGUAUGCUUGAUUUUGGCAGUGUAAGAAUGUAAACAGUGAAGCUUGAGUAUUUAAAGCAAAAUAUGCGUUUAUUUUUUAUAGUCUGUGAAUGUUAGUGUUAAAACUGACCAAUGGUUUUUGUAUAAUCAUGAUAAAUGUUAUUGUAUUUACAUCUGAAUUAUAAGUUUUAAUUUUAUGAUUUACCUUACACUUCCCAACAAAAAAAUCAACUCACUUUUACUUAUUUUUCUGAAGAUGCUUUUUCACACUUUUCUCUCUUUUCUAAAAAUAGAUACUGUCUGUCCUGAUUCAUAUAUCUUGUCUCACCUGUGAUAUCUUCCACCAGCAUAGUUGACAGCUUUUUUUUAAACAAUUGCAUCUCAAAUGCAAGCAGUAUAAAGGAAAAAAUAAAAACCAAUAGAUAUACAUUAGGACAAUGUCAGAAAAAUAUAACCUGUUUGUAUGAGGCUUAGAAACUUGGGAAGGGACGGCUAACCAAGUCCUUCAAAAAGUACUAAAAAGCUGACAUAUUUCUGACAUUGACCUAAAAUUGUUUUUAUAUUGCAGCUAAAAAUUACUACAAUUAUAUUUAUGAAAAAUGUCAACUCAAAAAUAAAACUUAUUUGCCAUCCCUACAUGAACCCCAGAUUGGAAAGAAAAGUGAUGCUAAAUAUCCCUUUGUUACUUUAUAAAGAAAGUGUUAUAGCUGCACUAUAAAGUGUUUUAUUAGUACUGAAAUUAAAACAUCUUGUAAACAUAAGAUUACAAGUUUCGAAGCAGACAAUAUCUCCUCUUUUAGAAAUUGGAUAUUUUUAGUCGAAUCUAAUAGCAGAAUUUUGUUCAGUUUAGAAGGAAUGUCUGCCUUAAUGAUAACCUUAAAAAAUUAAAAGAAAAUUUUUUUUUAAACAAGCUGUUGGCAAUCCCUGAAAUAUUAAUUUUUUGCACCUCUGCCAUAAAUGUUAUUGAUCUGUUUUUCAUCAAAUUUCGCAAAGAUGUAUGGUUUCUAAUUUGUAUAUCUUGCAUCUUGUACAGCAAAUGAAAUCUCAUUUGGGGAAGGAAUUAAGUAUCUUAAACGAUGCAUCUGUGAUUAGAGAUUAUUCUUUUGAUAACCAAUUGACCUGAAUUGCUGGCCCUUGUAAAGGUGUAAAAAAGUCUCAAAAAAUUUCUUCAGCAUUAUCCCUUGUCCUGCAUAUUUAUUUAAGUUUGAAAAAUUAUAAUUAUUCCACAAAUAUUCAAGCUAAUGUGAUGUCUAAUGCUUAUGUAAAUUUUUUUUUUAUUUUCACACUUUUAUGUUCAGUGUAAUCUUGCUAUUUCCAGUCCAGUAUACUGAUCAACCUGUGCUCUCAACAGUUUGUAGCUAAAUGUUACCCAGAAUAGUGUUUUGUAUGUAUGAUGUAUCAUCACUGAAAUGUGUCAUAAAUAUUAAGCAUAUUGUGAUAUAAAAUAUUAAUAAUA